AUGAUGACAAACGUAUAUAUAAAUAUGAUGAAAUCCACAGAAGCCACCGGCUUUCUUGGCAAGAUGCUAGUGGAGAAGAUACUGAGGGUCCAGCCGGACGUGAAGAGGAUCUACCUGCUGGUGCGGGCGGCGGAUGCAGCGGCGGCAAGGCAGCGGGUAGAGACCGAGGUGCGUGGCAAGGAGCUGUUCGGGAUGCUGCGGCAGCAGCAUGGCUCGGGGUUCGAUGCCUUCGUCGCGGAGAAAGUGGUGGCACUGGCCGGUGAUGUUACACGCGAGGGCUUUGGUGUCGAGGCCGAGACACUGCAUGAGCUCCGGCUCACCGACGAGCUCAACGUUAUCAUCAAUAGCGCCGCCACCACCAACUUCUACGAAAGGUACAACGAGGCCCUGGACGUGAAUGUGAUGGGGGUGAAGCACAUGUGUGACUUUGCCGGGAAGUGCCCCAACCUCGAUGUGCUCCUGCAUGUCUCCACAGCCUACGUCGCCGGCGAGAAGCAGGGGCUGGUGCCAGAGAGGCCGUUCAGGGAUGGUGAGACGCUUAGAGAUGGGACACGCCUCGACAUUGACGCCGAGCUGAGGCUGGCCAGGGACCUGACGAAUCAGAUGGAGGCCGACAAUGACAUCUAUAUGUCACCCAAGGCCAAGAGGAAGGCCAUGAAGGACCUUGGACUCACCAGGGCUCGGCACUUUGGGUGGCCAAACACGUAUGUCUUCACAAAGUCCAUGGGGGAGAUGAUGCUGGGCCAGAUGACGCGCGGGGGCCAUGUGCCGGUCCUUAUCGUCCGGCCCAGCAUGAUCACAAGCGUCCAGAACGACCCACUCCCAGGAUGGAUAGAGGGCACCAGGACGAUCGACAUGAUCCUGAUCGGGUACGCAAAGCAGAGCCUAUCGUGCUUCCUAGCCGACCUAGACCUGACCAUGGACGUGAUGCCGGGCGAUAUGGUUGUGAAUGCAAUGAUGGUGGCCACCGUGGCGCACGCCUCCUACACGCAGUUAUCGAGGUCGGAGAAGAAGCCGCAUCAGCAACCUCAGUUGGUGCUGCCAGCCGCAUUGCAGGUGUACCACGUGACCUCGUCGCUGCGGCACCCGGCGCCGUAUGCGGUGCUGUACCGGACAGGGAUCCGAUACUUCGAGGAGCACCCACGGGUUGGUCCUGAUGGCCGCACCGUCCGCACCCGCAAGGUGCGAUUCUUUGGCAGCAUCACAAUGUUCCACCUUUUCAUGGUGCUCAAGUACCGGCUACCGCUCGAACUCCUCCGCCUGCUCUCCAUCCUCUGUUUCGGCCUCUUUGGCCUCGCCGCUCUCUACCAGGACCUCGCACGCAAUUACAGGUUGGUGAUGCAGCUGGUGGACCUGUAUGGGCCCUUCUCGCUCUUCGAGGGCUGCUUCGACGAUGUCAACCUCAACAAGCUCAGGCUUGCAAUGGCUGACCAUACCACUAUGACCAGCCCACUGUUUAACUUUGACCCCAAGACGGUUGAGUGGGACGAAUACUUCUAUAGGGUUCACAUCCCUGGGGUCAUGAAGUAUGUCCUCAAGUGA